GGCUUUUUCUCUCGCGAGGAAGGACGCCGUUAUCGAAAUCCCUACAAACAACACGAGAAUUCAACAUUCACACGGUCUGAAUAAUGUCGGAACAAGAUUUGGCGGAGAUAGUGCAGAUAGCAGUGGAGGACUUGGGCCAGGGCGACCAGACUGAUGUGUUGGAAAAUCAUGAAGAUUCUGAUGACAAGCCUGACAAGAAAAGGCCAAGGGUGGACAACAACACCCAGGAUGCAUCUCUAAAGACCUUGUUGUACUCCAUCAGCCAAACGAUCUGCCAGCGUCUGGACAACAUGGAGGCCAAGUUGCAGCUGGUAGAGGUGACGUGCCGGACCCUGGAGAAGAAGCUGGAUGCCGUGGUCAACAAGAACCAGGCACCCAUCCAGGUCCCUAUGGUGGCCGGCUCCCCUCUAGGGGCCACCCAGACCUGGAACAAAGUGCGCUGUGUUGUUCCACAGACCAAUGUGAUAGUGAGCCAAGACCGACCGAAGGGUCAGGAGGAGUCAGUAACUCGAGGGGCAGAUUCACUGGAGAACCUCCUUAGCAACACAGUGGGCGGGCGGAGGCAGAAUACGUUCCUGGUGAAGGUGCCGGCGCCGGAGGACAGCCAGGAGGAACAGGAGAGCGGUUCAGAGGCCAGCGACUCGGUGUCCAACAGUGGCCAGGCCAACAACUCCCAGAGCACCCAGAACGUCACCCUCAUCACCCUCAACUCCGAGGACGACUACCCAGCAGGUACGUGGCUUGGCGACGAGAACAAUGCAGAGAUGUGUGUGCGCUGCCCAGUGUUGCCGGGCGACAUGCUCCACCUCAGCACCAACUGCCGCACGGCGGAGAAGAUGGCGCUGACACUGCUGGACUACCUUUUCCACCGCGAAGUGCAGGCCAUGUCCAACCUGUCAGGACAGGGCAAGCAUGGCAAGAAGCAGCUGGACCCGCUCAUGAUCUACGGCAUACGCUGUCACCUGUUCUAUAAGUUUGGCAUCACUGAGUCGGACUGGUACCGGAUCAAGCAGAGCAUCGACUCCAAGUGUCGCACGGCAUGGAGACGCAAGCAGCGCGGCCAGAGUCUGGCGGUCAAGAGCUUCUCCAGACGUAGCACCAACGCACCGGGCAGCUCAGAGGGUGGCGCUGUGGCGGAGGUGGCUCACAUGGAGGGGGUGACCCAGCAGACUCUACACUACACCCUGGCCAACCAGGCCGUCCAACAGGUCCAGAUCCACCGCAUAGGAGAGGACGGACAGGUCCAAGUGAUCCCUCAGGGACACCUCCAUAUUGCCCAGGUCCCACAGGGGGAAGAGGUGCAGAUCACACAGGACAGUGAGGGGAACCUUCAGAUCCACCAGGUGCAUGUUGGGCAGGAUGGACAGGUGCUGCGUGGGGCCCAGCUGAUAGCAGUGGCAUCAGCUGACGGAGGGGCCACAACAGUGGAGGGCUCCCCCCUACAAGCCAGUGACAUCCAGGUGCAGUAUGUCCAACUGGCCUCCGUCAACGAGCACACCGCUACUGUACAGGUGGCAGAACUGGCCCCAGCCAUGCAGGGUGAGAUGGAGGUGAAGGAGGGAUCCAUCCAUCUGCCAACAGAGGAGAAUGGGGAGGUGGUGCAGAUCGUCAGUUCUGUGGGCACCUGAGGGCCUGGAGAGGGAGAUGGCCACCACAGAGAUACAGAGGUGUGGAUGAAAGGGAUGGGGAGUGGGGGAUUCAAUAAAUACAGACAAUUAAAUGAACAAACAAUUAACUAAGAGAGAAAAAUGAGCAAAUGUCAACAGAACAGAUCAAGAGAAGGGUUUUAGUUAUUCCUCUGAUUUAUUGUCAUCAUCAGAAGAGGACAUGGCCUGGGAUUAAACCCCACCCAUGAAGGAUGCUGCUCAGGCAGACAGACCCUCACUGGCUACACCUCAGCGCUGGAAAAGCAUGGAGCUAUUAGAAUUUAAGCUGAUUGUCUCAAUUUAUAUUUGCAGUAGGCUACGCUAACCCCCUAGACACGUACUUCCAAUACUGUACUGUUCUCCUCUAUAGCAUCAUGCAAUCGUGCCAUGUUGGACUGCUGUGGAAAGUAGUACAAGCCUAAAAUGGGCACUUAUUCAUGGUUGAGUUUUCUUUGACUUUGCCUGUUUGUCCAUCAUUUCUGGUCUGGACCCCGGCUUUCGUUGCCAUCUUUUCCCAGCUUUUCCCGAAAUUAUUGACACCCUUGAUAAAGAUGAGCAAUAAUGACUGUAUGAAGUAAUUAAGUAAUUAAAUUACUGAGCUAUAUUGUAUGCUCAAAAAAUGUGGUAAUUAUAUUUUAUACUAAUACAAUUGCUCAAAUGUUUA